AGCAGCUCCGAUAAAAAAGAAACAGGAAGACAGGAGGAAGUGAGAGAUUUAGAGAAGGAAAAAGAAGCGCAGAAGGAAAAGGAGGCUAAAAGAGGCUGUGAUGAACGAAAAGUACUACAAGUGGGGGAAAGGGCUGAAACAAGUGGAAGAUGCUGCAGAGCGGGCAGCAGAGACUCUGAAGGAGAUGAGUAAACCGUUGGCUCGGUACGUGAACGACACUGACCUGGACAACUUCUUGAAGGCCCAGGAGCGAGAAGGGGAUCCAAUGUUGGAUUACAUCAAACGGAAACAGAGUGAAGCCACCCCUCUAGCUGGAGUGAAACCUAUCUACCAAGGAUCUUUCAACCCCAACCGGUUUGGCAUUAGACCAGGACACCGUUGGGAUGGUGUGGUUCGGUCUAACGGCUACGAGAAAGAAUGGUUCAGCCACCAAAACGCAAGGAAGGCAAAAGCAGAAGAAGCAUACAAAUGGAGUACAUCAGACAUGUAAAUUAAAAAAUUGUAAAUGGGUGAAAAUGUA